CAACAGUCAAUUAUGAUAGCAUUUCAUAUCUUGGCUAGAAGACUACAUCCGCAGACAUCGAAUACUAGCCAUCCGACGACAUCAGGAAAAUUGUGCACCCUUUUGACCAUUGCUGAGAACACACCCCAGGAACCCCUUGUUGAGUUUCCACCAUGGAGGAUGUUCAGGUGGAGGAAGAUGCCCCAGAGGGGGCAGAGUUGGAGAACCCAGAGCCAUUCUCUGCAGAGAGCUAUGCAGCAGAGUCCAUGGCUGCAGACGUGGAUCCCUGGAUUAUAUUCGACUCCCGCAAAACACCUGCAGCCGAGUUUGACGGCUGGCUGGAGACCAACAGGCCAUCCCAGGUGGGCCGCUUCGGGGACGAUGAGGGUGGUAAGGGACCUGUGGGGUGGAUCGCUGUGUUGGGCCCGGACCACUGCCCUGCCACAGGGGACGUCACUGGACUCCAGGCAAGCUGGGAGAGGCUGCUGGCCAGCGGGAGAACAGUCACCUUCCAAACUGUGAAGGAACUGGCACUGAACCACGGGGUGCUCACCGGCAAGUGGCUGAUGCACCUGGACUCAGGCUUUAAGGUGGACCAUGCCUGGGAGUGUGUAGCCAGAGCAACCCAGGAAGGGAAGAUCUUCCAGACCAAGGUGAGCCCGUGCGACCCAAAGUCUGACCGUAAACACGUCAUCUGUUCCUAUAACAAGGACUUCACGGACGAGAACGAGGUGAUGAGGCUGGACGCAGUCAUCCGGGCCACGGGGGUCAAGUGCUUGCUGUCCUUCAAGCCGGAUGUUUACACUUACCUGGGUAUAUACCGCAACAACCGCUGGAAUCUCUGCCCCACCAUCUACGAGAGCAAGUUCGACCUGGAGUGUGUGCCCCGACGUUCACACAUCGUCAACAAAGUCACCAAUCUGGAGGUCACAUAGGAAAGAAGAGUGGGAGGAUAGUUUGCUAUUGCUAACCAAGCACUUAGCAGUGGACAGUUGGACACAUGCCAUGAGUUAGGCUACGUUGUACAGUACUGUACUUCUGACUUGGGUUCGGUUCAUUUCCCGAAGUAUGGGGUUUCAUAUUUCUGAGUUUUUCCUAUAUGUCUCGAAGCAGACUUGUUUCAUCGUGCUGAAAUUAAUUUAAGAUAAUAGUUCUUUGGAGGGUGCUUCUAUUGAUUCUAUUGUCUACCAUACAAGCAAAAAUGUUUGUUAAAACAUUUUUGUUGAAGUAGUAAAUCAAGUCUUAAAUUGACUUAUUCUGUAAUGCAGCCGCCAUCCACAACUCUGAAACCAGACCUUGUCAUGCAGUGAAUGAAUACAUGCAUGUCUUGCUUUGUUGUUGUGAUUCUGUACCUUAACUUUUACAAAGAUUGCUGUACUACAAACAUGUCAUUGUAUCUGUAAUAAAAAAUAAAGUUGCUUACCAUUUUCAUA